UUUUGUAUGACAGGGUAUGAAUGCAUUGAUGUAAUGAUUAUUUUGAACCACUUUAUAAACAUAAAUGACUAAAUCAAUUUUUCAAAAGAUAAGGGAUUAAAGUGGAAAAAUAAAUAAGAUAAUGAUCAAAUAGGUAAUUUGACCUUGUUUUAAUAUACUGAAACGACUUGUCUAAGAGAACCCUCACCCCCUACUCCCUCACUCGCACUCCUGCAGCCACCCUCAUCUUCUCUGUUUAUAUGGUUCUUUACCCGUCACAGUGGCUGGAAUAUUAGUGCCUUACAUUCCUAUUCUGUGUUGGACUUUUGGUUAAUAGAGGUCCAAGGCCAAACUUACCUUAAGGUUUGAACUGACAGACUACAAUACACUCUUCACUUAUACAAUCCAUGAUUGUGUUACACCCUUGUGCACUCCUUCCUUCUUGCACUACCAUUACAUGCUUCAAACCUUUUUCCCAUAACAAUCGCUUUGUGCCAUCUUCAAUGGUUCCGCGGCUAGCCCUGAGCUAUGCCAGAACAAGGACAUUCUCAUGUAGUGCUAGAAAUCGACUUAAGGAUUUGAAUGGUAGGGACUUCAGUAUAGACAUUGUUAACGAAAAUCUGGAGCUUGAGGAUGAUGGCGGCGAUGAUGGGUUUUCGGCUCGAGGAUUGUAUGCAAGAAGUGAGGCAAAUAACACUGAUGAAGAAGAUGGUGAUGGUGGAUAUUCAGGUAGCCCAGGGAAGGAUUAUGAUAGAGAUCCAGAACUUGGUAACAUUCUGGGGAGUUUUCUAGAGAAUCCCCAAGAGGCACAAUCCAAAUUGGAAGACAGACUAAGAAAGAAGAGGAGCAAAAUACUGCACACAAAGACUGGAUCAGGAAAACCAAUGAAAGUGUCAUUUAACAAAUUUGAUUUUUCGAACUCAUACAUAUGGUUUGAAUUUUACAAUGUUCCAUUGGCAAAAGACGUCUCCUUGAUUUGCAAUACAAUUCGAGCGUGGCACAUUAUCGGACGUCUUGGUGGAUGCAAUGCCAUGAAUAUGCAACUGUCACAGUCUCCAAUGGAUGCACGACCAAGUUAUGAUUAUAUUCAGGGAGCAAAUGUGGAACCAACUACAUUUUACAACAUUGGGGAUCUCGAGGUGCAAGACAACUUGGCUCGAAUAUGGGUGGAUAUUGGAACUGUUGAACCAUUGCUUCUGAAUGUUUUGAUAAAUGCACUGACACAGAUAAGCUCCGAUUUUGUUGGGAUCAAGCAAGUCAUGUUUGGUGGAUCAGAAUUUGAGAAUUGGAAUGAGAAUUUGAAAUCAGAGGAUGCAGGUUAUGGUGUUCACAAGAUCUAGCCAAUUUUCUAGACGUAUGAGUAUUUUGAAUUGAGGGCAAUGAAGAGGAAACCAUCAAAUGCAUCACUUUUUAACCGUUAGUAUUAGACUGAAGAAUAACCAGGGUUGUAAGCAUUUCUCCUGGUUAUAUUAUAUAUUAUUUUCCUUAAACGGCAGGAUGGCAACUUGAUGAAGUAUAUAUUUUUAUUUAUAACAAUGCUGAUUCUUAGAGUUUUGCAAAUUAAAAUUAUGUAACUAGAAAAUCAGAUUAAAGUUAUGUAACUGAGCAGGAUAAUGCUAAAUGAACAAUAAUUUUAUAGAUUAUUGAUUUAGCAGCACAGAGGGUAUGCUGAGUUGUAA